UUAUAACAGUGGUUAUAGCAGUGGUAAUAAGGGUGGUGGCUAUGAUAAAGGAGAUGAUGAUGAUGAUUAUGAUGAUUAUAAUGAUUAUGAUAGCGGUGGUGACUCGGGUUACCAUGGCGGAGGCUCUGAUAGUUGGAGCAAGGGUGGUGAUUCUGGUGGCAGCGAUUAUGGAGGUUAUGAUAGUGGAAAUUCUGGAGGUUAUGAUAGUGGAAAUUCUGGAGGUUAUGAUAGUGGAAAUUCUGGAGGUUAUGAUAGUGGAAAUUCUGGAGGUUACGACGGUGGAAAUUCCGGGGGUUAUGACAGCGGUAAUUCUGGCGGAUAUGAAUCGCACGGUCAUAGUCAUGGCUCUAAUUACAACAGUGGUACGAACUCUGGGUACGGGACAGAUAUCUCUGGUGCUCACGCACAUAACAAUAAAGGUGAUAGCGGCUAUGGUGGAAAUAAAGGAGGUUACGGUGGAUACGGAGGGAGCUCAGGGGGAUACGGGGGCAGUGGCGGCCAUGGUUCAGGAGGAUAUGGAGGCAGUGGAGGCCAUGGUUCAGGCGGAUACGGAGGCAGUGGUGGGUAUGGUUCAGGGGGAUAUGGAGGUGGCUAUGGGAUGAGCGGGUAUGGAAGCGGUGGUUAUGGUGGUGGCUUUGGACUCGGCGGGUAUGGCGGUGGCUAUGGGAAGGGUGGCUAUGGGAAGGGUGGCUAUGGGAAGGGAGGAUAUGGGAAGGGCGGGUACGGUAAAGGGUAUGGAAAGGGUGUUUAUGGAUCAGGUGGUUUUGGAGCAGGCGGUUAUGGCGGAUAUUAUGGAACAAUUCUCGGCGGCAGCGGUGGAUACAGUCCUUUCGUUGGCGGUGGUUAUGGACAGAGUCCGUUUAUUAGCGGACCAAUGAAUGGAGUUUACGGACAAAAUCCCUUCCUUAGUGCAAAUUAUGGACAGAGCCCGUUCUUGGGUAAAGGACAGAGUACCAGUUAUUAUCCACAAACACCUGUUUUCAACCAAGCGCAAACAUUUAAACCAUUGUUCAAGGGAAGUAAGGGUAAUAAGGGUGUUUACGCGGGUGGCCUGCUCUCUAAUUUGAUGGGCGGACAAGGCAUGAUGGGUCAACAAGGCUAUGGACAUGGCAUGAUGGGUCAACAAGGCUAUGGACAUGGCAUGAUGGGCCAACAAGGCUAUGGACACGGUGUCAUGAUGGGACAGCCUCAGAUGAUGGGACAAGGCAUGACGGGACAAAUGGGAGGUUCCAUGAUGGUGCCAUAUCCAAUUGGUGGAAUGAUGCACUCUACGACGAUGUCACCAUCAUCGGCCACGCCGUCAUUAGCUGACUUACCUAACAUCGUCAUCAUAGCAUCCAUGCUACCACCGUUUAUUCCACCUAUGGUUGACUCGCCAUUUUUAGAAGAGGAUCCAUUCUGUACGGACGGCUGUCGAUCUCUUCUCACUAGGAACAAAGACGCGAACUCAAACACCUCCAAAACAGCUCGUGACUUCUUUCUGAUGAACUCGUUACUUGGUCACGGUAUGAGUGGUCUUACUUCCGGUUUAGUUCCACCCUUCUCGAACGGUGCUACAUCAGCAUCCACUAGUCAAGGCACUUGUGCCGUUGUAAAAAGUUCUGGUACAGUUACCAUCCCAGUUACAGCAGCUGCUACACAAAGUAUUGAUAACUCGAAAUGUCGAGAUAUACAGAUUUUAUUAAAUGGUUAUUUAACCAAAUUGUUAGAAACAUUUGGAGGUAGUGAUUCAUCAUCUGCUCUAGGUUGUACCAUUGCUGUUCCCAAUCUAGAUAUCGCCUGUUAAUCAACUCAGAUCCGUAAACGCCUAACAAAAGUCUUUAAUUAUACAAAUGGGUUCCUUUUAAACAGGGCAAUAUAUCUGGAAAACUUUUCGGAAGAAUCGAACCCAGAAUCAAGACAUAAUCGAAUGACCAAAGGGAAGUAAUCGAAAUAUUCGGAAUGACCAAAGGGAAGUAAUCGAAAUAUUCGGAACAGUUCAUUAAUAUGUUAAUUACAUCUGUUACAUUAGAAUAUAAAUGUCACUGUCGUAAAAUGUAUUAAUAAUUCGGCAGCAUUUCACAAAUUAUAUCUUAAUUUAUUACAUUUUAUAGCCCAUUGAUUGGUUACAAUGUGUCACGUGUUUAUGUUCAAUUGUUGCUAUGUGGUCACCUCUGUAUAUGUAUAUAUAUAUUUAUAGUAACUAUGAUUGUCACGUGAUAUUAUCAUAAUAAGUAUUGUAGAAUGUGGUGUAUAUUUUGAUCACCCUGAAUAACCCCGUAUACAUGGGCCGCCAUUUCUGUUCACAUGGCCAAGAAUUCCCGCCAUUUUUUACCGCCAUGAUUCCUUAAAAUAGAUUCCUAUUCCCCGCCCACUGUAGAUAGUGGCGACUAUGAAAAUGAUGUCAAUCAUCCUUAUUUAAAUGUGUAGAUUAGUGGCAAAAAGCAUCACAGGAAAAUAAUAUCAAUCAAUUUAAUUGAAACAGUGAGAUUAUCCCUGGAUUGGGCUGCCUGGGACAAGUUUUUUAAAUAUCCGGGGUUGUUCAGGAUGUGUGAAAUAAAUAGAUAUUAUUUAUUAUAUUUAUUAUAUGAGUUGUAUAUAGAUCUAAAUGUUCAUAAUAAAAAAUAAAUAAUCUGCA